AGUAUUUUUCAAUUCUUUCAGUUAAAUGAUGAGGUUGUUCAGAAGAAGUGCUUGAAUGAACAAAUAAGGGCAGGAGAAGCUCGUGUCAGCUAUCUGGAAUGGAAACAUCAGUUUAUCAUGGCAGAGAUGUAUAAGGAUACCUGUGAAGUGGCACAGCAGACGACACCUCUCAUGCAGGAAGAAGCGAGGGCAGCAUCCAAAGGGGAUAAGCUCCCACCCAACUCUGAAGUUUAUGGGCUCCUGACUGUCCUUAUGGAUUGGAUCUCAGACGAGCACCUCAGCAAAGUCAAGGGACAAGAAGAAAGAGAGGACGGUCAGAAACCUCAGUGCAGCGGGAGAACCUACAUCCAGGAGAGGUGUUUGAAGCUUCUGCCUAUGGCUGCGGAGCAGCUCCAGUGGAUGCCGUUUGUGAACCCUAAACUCCACAUGCCCCUGGUGAGACUGCUAUACUGGUGUGUGAGGCAGCUGGACAGUGACAUUAAG